AUGCCGACCGGCUCAUCCUGCAGAGAAUGCCAGGCACGCAAAGUCAAGUGCGACCGCACCCCCUUGCGAUGCCUCGUCUGCAUCAGACUGAACCUUGACUGCUCCUUCUCGCAUCCAGAAAGCCCCAAGCCUGGUCAUGUCGAAGAGCUCACGCAAGCCGGUACCAAGAGGAAACGGGCUCGCCGAGCGUGCCUCGGUUGCCGAGCAGUCAAGGCAAAAUGCUCAGGCCGCCGCCCAUGUGAAAGAUGUGUCGCAAAACACCUUGCAUGCGAAGGCAUCGUUACCACCGGCAUAGAAGGGUCGGGUCAAGACGAUGCGACCAGCUCCGUAUCUACGGGCCUGCCAGAGGUGCCUCGCAAUUUAGACUCGAUCUCAAGGGACGCAAGUUUAGGCGAUCCAGGGACGACUUCAAGCACCGCCUUUGAUGAGCUUGACAGACGAACAACCAGAGGUUACUUGGACGAUUACUUUGAGGAAGCGAGCCGCUCCACAGUCGCUAUCCUUCAUAAAGCCACGAUAAUUACCGACUGGACCCGGGGCACACUCGAUCCAGCUUUGCUGAAGAUCAUCAUCACAACAGUUCAGUACAGGAGGCAUGGCUACGCCGGCGGCACCGUGGAAGUACGACAAUCUAUGGAUCAAGUUCAACAAGACGUGCUUUCGAAGUGGUCCCGCUACAACUUGACACUUCUUCAAGUUCUUGUCUUGCUCACCCAAUUGAGAUUUCAGGCAGGAGACAAUAUUGAAGUGUGGAACCUGCUCCCGAUCGCAGCACGCAUGAUUUUCACGCUGGGCCUUAACCAGGAGAAGGAAUAUUCUAACGCCGUGAUUCAGGAGUGUCGAAGGCGCCUGGUCUGGUCCAUUUUCCAUUUGGAUCGGGGGCUCGAAGAUUUGGCCGUCUGUUCGCCUGAAAGAAUCCACAUACGCCUGCCAUGUGAUCAACAUACUUUCCAAAGAGGUGGUGUUUCUCGUGCAGCGUUCCUGAUGGAUGAUGUAGUUGAAGACGGCACUGGCGUUGACAUUUAUGCUUUCUGGUUGCGGCUACUUGUCACUAGAGACCGCGUGUUGAGGUAUGCAAAGCGAGUGAAGCGCGCCGGAAUUGUCCCUUCCUCGACCUACCACGAGAUGCAGGCACUGCAAGCCGAGCUUGACCAUUUCGAGAAGACGCUACCCGCGGAUUUGAAGAUGAGCUCCGAGAGAACCAUGAUGAUGGCUCACUCGACGGAAUGGGUCAAGUAUGUUGGUCUGCAUAUGCAGUGGUACCAAAGCCACUGUGACUUGUACCGGAUUUGCGUGCCGGGACUACGCGAAUCGUUACCAAGGGACACUCUCGCCAAGACACCGUCCGACUUUAUCGAUUUCUGUCAAGAGGCUUGCCCUGACAACGCGCUACGGCUUUGUCAUCUUUUGUCUGACAUGUACCGCCUGGAGCCAGGCGAUGCGACAAGUGACACCAGCCUGCCCAUUUCCAUAUAUUCGGCGGCACAGAUCUAUCGUCAGUUGCGGCAUCUUCUCCCUUCUGAAGGGGAAAAUAGACUCCACGCUGUCAAAGAAAGGCUCGUUGAUGCCUUGCAAUUGGCGCGCCCGCUUGAGAUCAUGCCGGGGCCGAUGAAAUGCGUGAGGGAUGUGAACAAAGUCAUCAGCGCUCUCGAGGAGGGGACCCGUGAGCAGUCAUCGCGUUCGUCAAGCAUCGGCGCGGGCGAGAUCUCUGGGCACUUCCUUCCAUCGAAGCAUGCGCUUCUCCCCCGAUUCGCCAAGUCCGACGAUGAGCCCACACCGUCGCUCAAUGUCCAAGUCUCGUCUGCAGCUCCCACAUCGGUGAGUGGACAGGAAGAGCCGGCGGCGAGGAUUAUGCUGGACCUCGCCAGUUCAAAACAGGUCGGGAACGACGGCCAAUUGGAUGACGGAGGGGUCGUAUCGUGGGAUCCCUUCGAUAUGGAGAUGAACGAUUACUAUGACCCUGAUAUUGGCGUUUUGCUUGCUUCUCUUGAACAGCAGUUCGAUGAUGCACCUCGAGCGGCAUGA